GCCCUUGAUUCGAGUCACGUGCCUGUCAAGCCCUCCGCAGUAGUCAACACAGCUGAGGAACUAGCAGUAAGCUAGCGACAACUAACCGCUACGGAAAGUUCUGCUUUGUUAAGUGUCUGCAUUAGGUCAACUAAAGGUUAAGUUUAUCAUUGUUGAAAAGAAAUGAACUGACUGCAUAUGUUCGGGUUUCAUUUGGCAUGGAGUGAGAUGGAACCGUGUAGGAACAGUGGCCGUUGCUUGCUAACUUCUAAGCUAGCAGGCUAACGGCUAACGGCUGUUGUUUUGGUUGGCGAGAUAGCUGACAAGUAUAGUUGACAAGCGAACCAGACCAGAUUUCCUCAUUGCCUGACGAAACACUGAACUGCUCACUCGGUUAAUGGCAAAACAUAAAAGCCUACCACCCUGAUAGAUUCAUCAGCGAGCUGUUGUCGGGCAGGGGUCAACUUCGUGUGAGAUUAAUCCAUCACAAAGGUCUGUAAUCGAAUCAUCAGUAUUGCUUCAAGAUGCACGACGCGUAUGAACCAGUGCCUAUUUUGGAGAAGCUUCCUCUUCAGAUUGACUGUCUUGCGGCCUGGGAGGACUGCCUGCUUGUGGGAACAAAGCCAGGGCAUCUCCUGCUUUACCGAAUAAAAAAAGAUCCAGGCACCAACCGGUUUGAGGUGACCUUGGAGAAAUCCAAUAAGAAUUUCUCAAAGAAGAUACAGCAGCUAUAUGUUGUUUCACAGUACAAAAUUCUUGUUAGUCUUUUGGAGAACAACAUCCACGUCCAUGACCUCCUGACCUUCCAGCAGAUCACUGUGGUGUCCAAAGCCAAAGGAGCAACAAUUUUUGCAUGUGACCUGCAGAAAACCAGCUCAGGAGAGGAAACAUUGAGAAUGUGUGUCGCAGUAAAAAAAAAACUUCAGCUGUAUUACUGGAAGGACAGAGAGUUCCAUGAGCUGCAGGGGGACUUUGGUGCACCAGAUAUUCCAAAGUCCAUGGCUUGGUGUGAAAACUCCAUAUGUGUUGGUUUCAAACGAGACUAUUACCUAAUUCGGAUGGAUGGCCGUGGCUCCAUCAAGGAGCUCUUCCCCACUGGAAAACAGUUGGAGCCUCUGGUUGCCCCAUUGGCUGAUGGGAAGGUGGCUGUUGGUCAAGAUGACCUAACUGUGGUUCUAAAUGAAGAGGGCAUUUGCACCCAGAAGUGUGCCCUGAACUGGACAGACAUCCCUAUAGCAAUGGAGCACCAGCCUCCAUACAUUAUAGCCGUUCUCCCUCGGUAUGUGGAGAUUCGGACCUUUGAGCCGAGGCUCCUGGUGCAGAGCGUGGAGCUGCAGAGACCUCGCUUCAUCACCUCAGCAGGGCCGAAUAUUGUUUAUGUUGCCAGCAACCACUUUGUGUGGCGCCUGGUACCCGUGUCAAUAGCCAGCCAGAUCCGGCAGCUUCUUCAGGAUAAGCAGUUUGAGCUGGCUCUCCAGUUAGCUAAGAUGAAGGAUGAUUCAGAUGGUGACAAGAAGCAGCAGAUACAUCACAUCCAGAAUCUCUAUGCCUUCAAUCUGUUUUGCCAGAAGAGAUUUGAUGACUCCAUGCAGGUGUUUGCCAAACUUGGCACAGAUCCCACCCAUGUGAUUGGCCUGUACCCGGACCUGCUCCCAUUAGAUUACCGCAAACAGCUGCAGUAUCCCAACCCUCUGCCCACUCUGUCUGGUGCAGAGCUGGAAAAAGCUCAUCUCGCUCUUAUUGAUUACCUCACCCAGAAACGCAGCCACCUGGUGAAACAGCUGAAUGACUCGGACCCUUCCACGACAUCUCCACUCAUGGAAGGCACACCUACUAUUAAAAGCCGCAAAAAACUCCUGCAGAUCAUUGAUACCACCCUGCUCAAAUGUUACCUGCAUACCAAUGUGGCCCUGGUGUCCCCUCUCCUUCGUCUGGAGAACAACCACUGCCACAUCGAGGAGAGCGAGUACGUCCUGAAGAAAGCUCACAAGUACAGUGAGCUCAUUAUUCUCUAUGAGAAGAAGGGCCUGCACCGGAAAGCUCUGCAGGUGCUGCUUGACCAGUCUACCAAGGCCAACUCUCCGCUGAAGGGCCAUGAGCGAACAGUUCAGUACCUCCAAAGACUGGGGCUGGAGAAUCUGGGAAUAAUCUUUGAGUUUUCUCCCUGGGUGCUAAAGAUCAAUCCUGAAGAUGGCCUGAAGAUCUUCACUGAGGACCUGACAGAGGUGGAGACUUUGCCUCGAGACAAGGUGCUGAACUUCCUAAAGGAUGGCUUUAAAGAUCUUGCCAUCCCAUAUUUGGAACACAUCAUCUACAUGUGGGAAGAGAAAGGCCCAGAGUUUCAUAAUGUGCUGAUCCAGCUCUACCUGGAAAAGGUUCAAGUCCUCAUGAAAGAGUAUCUCAACUCACUGCCAGAAGGAGUUCCAGCUGUUGCUGCAGGGAAGGAGGAGGGUGACCUGGGCAAGUACAGGGACAAGCUGCUGUCUUUCCUAGAUAUUUCCAUCAGCUACGAACCCUCCACGCUCAUUGUCGACUUCCCCUUUGAUGGCCUGCUGGAGGAGCGGGCGCUGCUGCUGGGUCGGAUGGGUAUGCACGAACAGGCGCUGUUCAUCUACGUGCACAUCCUGAAAGACACCCGCAUGGCUGAAGAAUACUGUCACGGGCACUACAACAAUUUAGUUGAAGGAAAUAAAGAUGUUUAUCUGUCUCUUCUGCGAAUGUACCUGUCGCCCCCUGACGUCCACUGCCUGGGCCCCAUCCAGAUGGAGCUGUCGGAGCCUGAGGCCAACCUCCAGGCAGCCCUGCAGGUCCUGGAGCUGCACCACACCAAGCUCAACACCACCAAGGCCAUCAAUCUGCUCCCAGCAAAUACUCAGAUCCGAGAGAUCCGGGUCUUCCUGGAGAGCGUCCUGGAAGAGAAAGCUCAGAGGAAACGCUGCAACCAAGUGUUGAAGAGUCUGCUGCAGGCCGAGUUCCUCAGGGUGCAAGAGGAUCGCAUUUUCCACCAGCAGGUUAAAUGUGUCAUCACAGAGGAAAAGACCUGCAGAGUCUGCAAGAAGAAAAUCGGAAACAGUGCGUUUGCCAGAUAUCCCAACGGCGUGGUGGUGCAUUACUUCUGCUGCAAAGACCGCAACGUGUGUCCCACGGAGCAGUAACAGCUCGUCCCUUCUGUGACUGUUCACUAAUAAAUAAUUCCCCCUCCCCCUUGUGGAUUCAGUGCUUGACACUUGUAUCCAAUGCACCUUACAAAACUACGAGUGCAAAUUUUUUUUUUUUUUUACUUGAGUUUAACCUGGACACUGUUGUCGUCUGCCCACUGAGCAGAACAAGGCUUCCUGGAAGCAGAGGCGGCGUCUUUCUUUCUCUCUGUGCUUGAAGUAACAGGAGAGAUGUCAGUUGCAGGGGAGAAAUGGAGAAAGAGGAAGGUGGACUGAUAUUUGAAAAGUCACUGUAAUGUUCAAAGGGAUACGCAUCAGAAGUAAAUGGGCACUUCUGACCAAUUCCCAGAUGAAGAUGAGCUCUAACAACUGAAGUUAGUGCCCGGUCUCAGCAGGAGAUGAUUCCAAGCGUCGAUCAGUGGGUGUCCUUUUUGUUCUUCCCCUCCUGUAACACUGUAAGCCUCAGACACUGCUUGAUUGGCCAUAUAGACACUGCUGGAGUACUGUUAAAUGCCUUCUGUGACUCUGGAGAUUGUACUUACACACAUCUGGCAGGAUUGUUUUGUUAGCAUGUCCUGGUACUGACAAAGCAAGACAGCAUUCAUCUCCGUGUUUUUGACUGUUUAGUGUUUUAUUUAAACAUUUGAGUUGACAACUAUGAUUAUUCACAUUCAUUUACUGUCUUUACAGUAUGGGGAUGAUUGCUGUCGGACAACAUUCACUCCAAAUUCAUUUUUCUCAUCUGUCAUUCAUUGUGUGUUUUCUUUCCCAGUCAUAAAAGAUAAUGAAAUAGACCAAAGUGAGACUAUAAAACUUCUGAACAGCAGCUAAAGCAGCCACAGUUUGUAGUUACAGAAUAAUCUCUUAAUUUCCAAAGAGUCACUUGCUUCAAAGACAUCAGUAUAGAGCUGCAGUGAUUAGUCAAAUUAGUCAGUUGACAGAAAAAUGAUGGUUCCAGCUUUUCAGAUGGAGACAGUUGUUGCUCUUCUGUGUCAUGUCGACAAGCAAACUGAAGAUGUGACAGUAGGCUUGUUUUUCCAUUUUAUACUGUAGAUUAAAGAUAAAACACAGGAGAUUAAUUGAUAAUAAAAGUGUUGCGUCCUUGUAUUAGUGUGCUAAAGGAGUGUUACAGUAGCACGAGUGGAGAGGACUCCUUAAGCCAGUGAACAGAUUCAGUGGUGUCAUUCACAACAUCGUUCUAGGGUUUUCUGCCAUAAGGCACAAUAAGCUACUGGUCAUAUUGGAUAAGUAAACAGCAGAACCCUUGUGUGUGUGGUGAAACUGAGCACAAGUGCGUUUUCUUGCUUAUGAAUUGAGUUUUGCUAGAGGGGAACUGUUUUUUCUUCUCAGAAGUUCUAUAGCCUCACUGUAAGAUGCAUCACGGAAGUACAGCACUUUAAAAGUAGAUGUCCUGUUUAUUUAUCGCCAGAUCACGUAUCUGUGAUAAGAACUGGAAGUAAUAUGAAUGAGAGGUACAAUGUGAUUGCUCUGUGUGUUUUAAUGGCAAUACUGGUAAAAUAAUGUAUCUGUUUCCUGUCUGUCUCGGAGGUAAUUCAAGAAGUAGGACUCUCCAGUUUGUUGGAAAUGAAAUGCAUAUGAUGAAUGUGUGUUUAGACUGAGUUAGUCACACUUGAAUUAUGUGACUUCAGCCUGUUUUUAACCAUCUGAAUGGUUUGGAGUAUUUCUGCAAUGUUUUUUUUUCCCCAAAAGUUGUAAAGUUAUCUUCUGCAUCUUAAAUCCACCCCCCCACCCCCACUACUAAAGGUUUG